GGAGUUGCGCUGUUUGCGCUGCGCUGCGCGGCUCGGGGUCGGUUUGCGCCUUUCCGCACACUCGCCGCUGUCUGUCCGGGUUCGCAGCGAAUGAGCGGCAGCGGCAGCGGGAACUGCCCGGGGAUGGCGGCGGCGGCGGCGGCGGCGGUCACCCGCUGCGGGCGGUCGGAGUCGGAGUCGGACGCGGCACAGCGGCGGAUCGCUGACGAGGAUCCGAACGGGAACGAACGCGGAGCCUCGACUGACGGCACCGACACAGAGCCUCACUGGGGACCGCGACACCCCGGGGCCAGGCAGCUCGCACUGUUAUACUCACCCGGUAAACGAUUACAAGAAUGGAUCUGCGUCAUCCUGUGCACAUGUCUAGUGAUGGUCAACUCAUUUUUCUUGAUGCAGCAUUUUUCCAUGGAUCACAUGUUCAAAUUAAUAGUGGCCAUCUUUGCUGGGAUUCUUACUGCGGAUUUCGCCUCCGGCUUGGUUCACUGGGGAGCAGACACCUGGGGUUCUGUUGAUAUCCCUGUCAUUGGCAAGGCAUUUCUAAGACCUUUCCGAGAACAUCAUAUUGACCCAACUGCAAUAACCAGGCACGACCUCAUUGAAACUAAUGGAGAUAACUGCAUGUUUACCAUAUUUCCUCUGGCUUACUUGACUUGCAUGUUUACCACCAAUGCUCCAGUGGUUACCUGUGAAGGCUAUCCCUGGGCUUGUUACGUGUUCAGUUUAGCCAUAGCUGUGACCCUGACGAAUCAGAUCCAUAAGUGGUCUCACACGUACUUUGGAUUGCCGCGUUGGGUCAUUAUACUGCAGGAUCUGCAUGUCAUCCUGCCCAGAAAGCAUCACCGCAUCCAUCACGUGUCGCCACACGAAACCUACUUCUGCAUUACAACAGGAUGGCUGAAUUACCCGCUGGCUAGGUUAGGAUUUUGGCAGAAAACUGAAUACCUGAUAGAAAACCUAACCGGACACAAGCCAAGGACUGAUGACAUGCAAUGGGCACGCAAGACAGAAUAAAAGACUUUAAAGUGGACUUACAGCUCAGCAACUAAGCAAACCAAGCUACAAGGGAAAGAUUGUCUCAUUAACUUCACAAAACUAUGACCAGCAUUUCAAAACCUGUGUUGUUACAACAGAGUUUCAAAGACUUGGUUUUACUUGGAGAUCAUUGCUGCAGUUCAGAUGCUGCCCUGCUCAAAGUGGUUCCGAGCCACUCUUAAAGAGUAAUGCUUUGCUAUAAUGCACAAGCUGCUGAUAAUGCACAUGUUAUUUUUUACCCAAUACACAGUCGUACAAAAGCACUAGCAUUUUAAGCAUUUGAGGACAAAUAUCAGGGUAUAAUAUUAAUGGUAAGUCUUGGAAGGAUUGUGGCAAAACUGACUGUGUCCUGGAAUGCCUUAAGCACUGUUACAUUGAUUGUAAUCCCAGUAGACUGGAAGAGCCAAUAAGGGUAUUUGUUAGGAAAACACUACUUGUGUUUUGUAACAAUUUGAAUUACUCCUGUCUUAUGUUUCAAAGCACUGAUGCUACUAUUCAAAGACUAAUUGGUAUAUUUAACAUGAUAACUCAUUUAUCUUAUAAACCUGUGAGAGAGGCCUUUACACUCUUGAUAUAGCCUUACAUCUGCAUCCAUGUACCUAAUAAAAACUGGAGCAUCACCAAAAAAUAAACUAUGCUGUUUACCUUUA